AUGGCUCUCCCUUUCGCACCACCUCCCAAAAGCCCUCUUGGGCGCUACCGACUGUUGUCGCCAACUGCAUCGGUUUGGGUGUCCCCUAUUUGUCUUGGCACAAUGAACUUUGGAAAUGCUUGGAAAGAGUGGAUGGGAGAAUGCGACCAGUCCACAUCGGAGUCAAUCUUGGAUUUCUUCUAUGAACAGGGCGGAAACUUUAUUGACUCUGCAAACAACUACCAAUUCCAGGAAACCGAGAAAUGGGUGGGAGAAUGGAUGCGGAAGCGCGGUAACCGGGAUGAAAUCGUUCUUGCCACCAAAUACACUACCAACUUUCGAGCUGGACCUGGUGCUCCUAAUAUCAUGGUGAACUUCACUGGCAACGGAUCGAAGAGUCUGAGGGCUUCAGUUGAGGCCAGCCUUAAGAACCUGCAGACCGAUUACAUUGACCUUCUCUAUGUUCACUGGUAUGAUGGCAACACCUCUAUCCCAGAGAUGAUGCAAUCUCUCAACCAACUCGUCCUGUCCGGAAAGGUCCUCCACUUGGGCGUCAGCGACACUCCUGCUUGGAUCGUGAGCAAGGCCAACGAAUAUGCCCGCUGCAAUGGCCUUCGCCAGUUCUCUGUGUAUCAGGGUCGCUGGUCCGCGGCGUCCCGCGAUUUUGAGCGGGAUAUUAUUCCCAUGUGUCAAGCUGAAGGCAUGGGAAUUGCGCCGUGGGGCUCCCUUGGAGGCGGAAAGUUCAAGACCGAAGAACAACGCAAUGCGCGGGAAGGACGAAGAGUGGAGGCCAGCGAGAAAGAGAUCAGAACCAGUAAAGUGCUGGAGUCGAUCGCUAACCGUAAGAACACACUCAUCACCAGCAUCGCACUGGCGUAUGUCAUGCAUAAGACAAGUUAUGUGUUUCCCAUCAUCGGUGGUCGAAAGGUGGAUCAUCUCAAAGCCAACAUUCAGGCUCUCACCCUGAAUCUCUCCCCUGAGGAUAUCCAAGAGAUCGAUGGGGCUACUGAAUUCGAUGUGGGCUUUCCCAACGACUUCCUGUAUCGUGGGGGUAACUCCUUUGGAGGUCCAGACGUUUGGCUGCUCCAGAUGGGCGGCACGUUUGACCACAUCCAACUACCAAAGCCCAUCUCACCGGCUGCGCGAGGGGAAUAG